AUGCUUGUGAAAGAGAUGAACCCAUCUUUCAAAUGUGUGUAUUCUUUCAGAGAGAUUAGAAACUACCAGAGUGAGCAAGAAGCGGUUCUCAUCGGUCUCUUGAAUAUGUUCUAUGAUGUCACAUUCACGGCUCACAAGAAGCAGAUGUUGAUCACGGUCCCGUUCUUCAGAAUACUAACACUUGAAAACUAUGGUGAUCCUAUCUUCUUCAGAGAACUCAUUGAGAGAAGAAUAAGUGAAAGGCUUAAUUCGGAGGUUGCGGCUGGGUCUUCUCUCAAAACAGCGCUCAGAAGGUGCGAAAAUUAUAGGCUAGUCGAUACUCUGCACACACUUGGUGAUCUUCUGGAGCUACUUGGAUUUGAUUUUGAUGUCCAUGUGUCAACUGGAAAGAGAGGUACACUUAAAGCCGAAUCCAUUUAUGGCGUAGUUGCGCCAAAUGGUGACUAUUUGUUCGGCCAAGAAGAGAUUGCUCGGAUUGGAGCAGAAAUUGCAAAGUAUGUUGUCGGUCUCGAGUCGAUUGACGGUGUCUGCACAAUACACAAGAACGACACAACUAUCCGUAACUUACUCAUGAAAAAAUGA